AUGCCGAAUCAUAAUCCUAGAAGCUCAGAAAGGUCGUCUCUGUUCCAAAGAUCCAAAACGUUACCGACAGGCUCGUAUCGGAGAUUUACAACUCCUGUGAUUCCCACUUUCAGACAUGACUCCGUCUCUAACUUCUCCUCUGAUCUCCGCCGCCACGGCGAUGGUGACAGCUGCGACGGCGAUAACAGUAACUUCGACAAAAAACCAGAAGCAGCGACACCGAGUCAAGUUUUGUCGACUCAUUCUCCGAGUCAAAGGAUAACUCGGUUGUGGACUCAUUUUUCUCUCACUCAUUGCCUCAAAUUCAGUUGUUCAUUUUCUUUUCUCUAUGUCAUGUUUCUUCGAGCUAAAGUUGCAAAAUUAGAGGAAGAGAACUUUAUCCUGCUAACAAGAUGUAGCAGUAGCAGAGAUGUAGGAAGUGACAACAAUGAAACUCUACAGCUAAAAGAAACUAAUAACAAAGCUGUUGUUUUAUACAGUGUGAUCAUCACUAUUGUGUUACCCUUUUUGCUAUACAUGUAUCUUGACGAUCUCUCCUAUAUCAAGAAUCUACUAAAACGAACAAACCAUAAGAAACAAGAAGUCCCCUUGAAGAAAAGAAUAGCUUACUCAUUAGACGUUUGCUUUUCAGUGUAUCCAUACGCCAAGCUGCUCGCUCUUCUCUUGGCAACGGUUGUUCUUAUACUAUACGGUGGCUUAGCGUUGUACGCAGUCAGCGACUGUGAAGUCGAUGAAGCUCUUUGGCUUUCAUGGACUUUUGUGGCGGAUUCGGGAAGCCACGCUGAUAGGAUCGGUGUUGGACCGAGAAUAGUCUCUGUUGGUAUCAGUGCAGGAGGCAUGUUGAUAUUCGCUACAAUGCUUGGACUCAUCUCAGAUGCUAUCUCAAAGAUGGUUGAUUCUUUGAGGAAAGGGAAAAGUGAAGUUCUUGAAAGCAAUCAUAUACUAAUUCUUGGAUGGAGUGAUAAAUUGGGUUCUCUGUUGAAGCAGCUUGCAAUAGCAAAUAAAAGCAUUGGUGGAGGUGUUGUGGUGGUUUUAGCGGAGAGAGACAAGGAAGAGAUGGAGACUGAUAUUGCCAAAUUUGAGUUCGAUUUGAUGGGGACAUCAGUUAUAUGUAGAAGUGGGAGCCCACUUAUACUUGCUGAUCUGAAGAAGGUUUCAGUUUCGAAUGCUCGAGCUAUCAUUGUACUAGGAUCUGAUGAAAAUGCUGAUCAGAGCGAUGCACGCGCCUUGAGGGUUGUGCUCAGUCUUACAGGGGUAAAAGAAGGUUUGAAGGGGCAUGUUGUGGUUGAAAUGUGUGAUCUUGACAAUGAGCCGUUGGUGAAACUUGUUGGUGGAGAGCGGAUUGAAACAGUUGUAGCUCAUGAUGUGAUUGGAAGGUUGAUGAUACAAUGCGCGCUUCAACCUGGUCUUGCGCAGAUAUGGGAGGAUAUAUUGGGUUUUGAGAAUGCUGAGUUCUACAUAAAGAAGUGGCCUCAGCUUGAUGGUUACCGUUUCGGAGAUGUCCUUGUUUCGUUCCCCAAUGCGGUUCCUUGCGGAGUUAAGGUUGCAAAGGAUGGGAAGAUAGUUUUGAAUCCGAGUGAUGACUAUGUUCUUGAACAAGGAGAUGAAGUUCUUGUCAUAGCAGAGGAUGAUGACACUUAUGCUCCUGGUUCACUUCCAGAGGUACGAAUGUGUCGUUUUCCGAAGAUGCAAGAUCUUCCAAAGUAUCCAGAGAGAAUACUCUUUUGUGGAUGGCGCCGUGACAUUGACGAUAUGAUCAAGGUUCUUGAAGCUCUGCUUGCGCCUGGAUCUGAGUUAUGGAUGUUUAAUGAGGUUCCAGAUCUUGAAAGAGAGAAAAAGUUGACAGAUGCAGGAUUGAAUAUAUCCAAACUGGUGAAUAUAAAACUUGUUCACAGGCAAGGGAAUGCAGUAAUCAGGCGUCAUUUAGAGAGCUUGCCUCUAGAAACUUUUGAUUCCAUCUUGAUUCUUGCAGAACAGUCACUAGAGAACUCUAUUGUUCACUCAGACUCUCGAUCUCUUGCCACGCUUCUCCUUAUUCGAGAUAUACAGUCAAAACGGCUUCCCUACAAAGAUACAAAGCCAAGCGCUGCUUUACGGAUGUCUAGCUUCCCGAGUUGCUGUUGGAUCCGUAAAAUGCAGCAAGCUUCAGACAAAUCCAUUGUGAUAAGUGAGAUUCUUGAUUCAAGAACCAAGAACCUUGUAUCAGUCUCAAGAAUCAGUGAUUACGUGCUAUCAAACGAGUUAGUUAGCAUGGCUCUUGCCAUGGUCGCAGAGCACAAACAAAUAAACCGCGUUCUAAAAGAGCUUUUCGCAGAGAAGGGUAACGAGUUGUGCAUAAGACCUGCAGAGUUCUACGUAUAUGACCAAGAAGAAGUUUGCUUCUACGGUAUGAGAAGAGCUCGUCAAAGACAUGAAAUCAUAAUCGGUUAUCGCCUAGAGGGUAUGGACCAAGCUGUGAUUAAUUCUUCAGAUAAAUCUAAGCUUGCAAAAUGGUCUCUUGAUGAUGUUUUUGUAGUCAUUGCCUCAAGCCAAAAACCAUAG